AGGGGCGUCCAUUGCCCAGAGGGAGGAGGAGGAGGAGGAAUAAUUUCCCCGCCAGCAGCCUGGGAUGGAGUAUUCUGUAGCAUCCGACGAUGCUGUGUGAUCCAGACAAGCUGGGACUUUGAGCCUUCAGAAGAGAGUACUCAGUGGUUCAUCGCAUUAUCAUCUUCCUUUGAGGUGAGCUUUAGUGAGAAUGGGAGAUACAAGAGACGUUUGUCCUCACCUGGAUUCCAUAGGUGAGAUCACCAAGGAUGACCUGCUGCUCAAAUCCAAGGGAACUUGCCAGUCGUGCAGAGCCGGGGGACCAAACCUCUGGGCUUGCCUGCAGGUUGCUUGUCCUUAUGUUGGGUGUGGGGAAUCCUUUGCGGAUCAUAGCACCCUUCACGCACAGGCCAAAAAACACAACCUGACAGUGAACCUGACGACAUUCCGGGUGUGGUGUUAUGCCUGUGAAAAGGAGGUAUUCUUGGACCAGAGACUGGCAGCACAUGCUCCAUCCCCAUCAUCAAAGUUCAGUGAACAGGAGUCUCCAUUGCCUGCUCACCCGUUGAAGGCAGUUCCAAUUGCAGUGGCUGAUGAAGGGGAAUCGGAAUCAGAGGAGGAUGAUCUGAAACCAAGAGGCCUUACUGGAAUGAAAAACCUCGGGAACUCCUGCUACAUGAAUGCAGCGCUUCAGGCCCUCUCUAACUGCCCGCCUCUCACACAGUUUUUUCUGGAGUGUGGCGGGCUGGUACGUACGGACAAGAAGCCAGCAUUGUGCAAAAGUUACCAGAAACUGGUCUCUGAGGUUUGGCACAAGAAGCGCCCAAGCUAUGUGGUUCCAAGCAGCUUGUCUCAUGGAAUUAAACUGGUCAACCCCAUGUUCCGGGGCUAUGCACAGCAGGACACCCAAGAGUUUCUGCGAUGCCUGAUGGACCAGCUUCAUGAAGAGCUAAAGGAACCAGUUGUUGCUGAGGCAAGAGACUCUGACUCCAGUGACACGGAUGACAAGCGGGAAGGUGACCGUAGCCCCUCGGAGGAUGAGUUCCUCUCUUGUGAUUCGAGCAGUGACAGGGGUGAUAUGGAUGGACAAGGCAGGACAGGAGGCAUGAGCAGCUCCCUAGCAGAGGCAGAGUUGCUGAUCCAGGAUGAGGCCGGGAGAGGGAUCUCUGAGAAAGAGAGGCUGAAAGACAGGAAAUUCUCCUACAGCCACCGGCGGAGCAACUCGGAACAAGUUGAUGAGGAUGCAGACGUUGAUACCACCAUGAGUCCAAUUGACGGCAGAGCUUCUCCUGAAACCCUACCUCCCCCCUGCCCUGCCAGCCCAUGUAGGACACCAGAGCCGGACAACGAUGCCUACGUGCGCUGCUCCUCGCGCCCCUGCAGCCCGGUUCACCAGGAGAUGCACUCCAAACUAUCUAGCAGCCCCCCUCGCUCCAGUCCUGUGCGCCUGGGAGCCUCCUAUGUGCUGAAAAAAGCCCAGGUGCUGGCUUCCGGGAAGAAGAAGAAAGAGCUUCGUUAUCGCAGCGUUAUUUCUGACAUCUUUGAUGGCUCCAUUCUCAGCCUGGUGCAAUGCCUCACCUGCGACAGAGUAUCCACAACAGUGGAGACGUUCCAGGAUCUGUCGCUGCCGAUCCCUGGGAAGGAGGACUUGGCCAAGCUGCACUCCGCCAUUUACCAAAAUGUGCCUGCUAAGACGGGGGCCUGCGGGGACAAUUACACCUCGCAAGGCUGGAUUGCCUUCAUCAUGGAGUACAUCAGGAGGUUUGUGGUGUCCUGUAUCCCCAGUUGGUUUUGGGGUCCUGUGGUCACACUGGAGGACUGUCUUGCUGCCUUUUUUGCUGCCGAUGAGUUGAAAGGGGACAACAUGUACAGCUGUGAACGGUGUAAAAAACUGCGGAAUGGCGUGAAAUACUGCAAAGUUCUCCGGUUACCUGAGAUCCUGUGCAUCCACUUGAAACGGUUCCGGCACGAGGUCAUGUAUUCCUUCAAAAUCAACAGCCAUGUCUCCUUCCCACUGGAAGGACUGGACCUUCGUCCCUUCCUGGCCAAGGAAUGUGUCUCCCAGAUCACCACCUACGAUCUCUUGUCUGUCAUCUGCCAUCACGGCACAGCAGGCAGCGGGCACUACAUCGCGUACUGCCAGAACGUGAUCAAUGGCCAGUGGUACGAGUUUGACGAUCAGUAUGUCACUGAGGUCCAUGAGACAGUGGUUCAGAACGCAGAGGCCUAUGUCCUGUUCUACAGGAAGAGCAGCGAGGAGGCUGUGCGGGAGCGGCAGAAGGUCGUGUCCCUUGCCACCAUGAAGGAACCCACCUUGCUCCAGUUCUACAUCUCUCGAGAGUGGCUCAACAAAUUCAACACCUUUGCGGAGCCUGGUCCCAUUACCAACCACACGUUCCUGUGCGCACACGGAGGGAUCCCGCCCAAUAAAUACCAUUACAUUGAUGACCUGGUGGUGAUUCUGCCCCAGACUGUGUGGGAGUAUCUGUAUAACAGGUUUGGGGGAGGCCCUGCUGUGAACCAUCUGUAUGUGUGCUCGGUCUGCCAGGUGGAGAUCGAAACCCUGGCCAAACGCAGGAGGAUUGAGAUUGACACCUUCAUUAAGCUGAACAAGGCAUUCCAGGCAGAGGAGUCUCCCAGCGUCAUCUACUGUAUCAGCAUGCAAUGGUUCCGUGAGUGGGAGGCUUUCGUCAAGGGGAAGGACAAUGGAGCUGAUUAUGGGCAGAUUUCCGAGGAGACGUGGAUUUACUUGAACACGCUGUAUGGAGGAGGACCGGAGAUCCCUGUACGCCAGAACAUCGCGCAGAUGCAGGAGCUGGAGAGCCUGCAUGGGGAACAGAAGAUAGAGGCCGAGACGCGGGCUGUGUGA